UAACAAACCGGACCAACAAGAUCAGACAAAAUGAUAGAGUCAAAACAUCCAGUAGAGAGAUUUUUCCACAAAAUCACAAGAUAUCACUACUACUUCUUUACUCUUCUCUUCUUGACAAAAAUACCUAUCUUCUGGCACAUACUGAGUUUGAUAUUCAUGUCUCCACCAAUGAAUUAUGACUGCGGAGGCCCAAAUGGAACGAAUGCAUGCCCUUGUGAACACCCUAAAUGGGAUUUUAGUGUGUUCACUAAAACCAUUCAGACAAAAUACGGGAUCUACUGUGGCAACCAAUGGAUGCUGAGCUUCACGCAAAGUAUGCUCUACGUCGGAUCCCUGAUCGGAGCUCUGACAUUCGGGAUCUUAGCUGACAAAUACGGGCGACUGUUUAUGUUCAUGGUGACUUGUCUGAUUAUCUCCGUGGCCGGCGUCCUAACUGCUUACAUGCCCACAGCUCCUACCUUUAUUCUAAUGCGAUGCAUUGAAGGAGCAGGCAUUGGAGGAGCCAUAGUCACUAGCUACGUGCUAUUGGUUGAGUACUGUGGACUCGGUUACAGGGAAAUGGUGACUGCUCUGUACCACGUGCCCAUAAACGUUAGUCACAUGACCCUGGCUGGUGUAUCAUAUCUCUUUAGAAACAGUGAUAUAUUCCAAUUGGUUAUAUCUAUACCAGCGUUCCUCUGCCUUUUUCUAUGGUGUAUGACCAUGGAAUCCCCAAAGUGGUUGCUAGAUGAAAAUAAAGUGGACAGGGCGUCUGAAAUCUUGAUCAAGAUCGCUAAAUACAAUAACGCUCCCUCCGAGAAUAUCAGACAUGACUUGGAACAAUAUGCAUCUACACAAGCUUCGUUAAAAUUAGAAAAAGCAAGUUUCUGGCACAUCUUCCACUACAGACGAUUGACCAUUAACUUUCUAUGUAUGGCCUUUAUAUACUUUGUGUGUGGUAUGGGGUACUAUGGAGUGUCGCAGUACAUAGGCCACAUGAGCGGCAACAUCCAUGCCAAUGUAGCCUUGUCAGGAGCACUUCUGAUACCAGGCACACUAAUUGCUUCAUACUUACUUCAGAAGUUCGGGCGAAGAUCUUUCCUAAUGGUGACGAAUUUUCUAUCAGGGACAUUCAUGAUAAUAGUCAUUCUUAUUCCAGAUUCUGCAAAUGUGGCUAAAGUAUUGACUGCGUGUGCUGGGUGCACUUUCUUUUUCAUGUCUUUUAUAAUUGUUUUCCUAUAUGGUGUUGAGUUGUUUCCUACUGCUAUUAGGAAUUCUGUGUUAGGCAUUUUAUCUGUAAUGUCGAGGGUCGGCCAGAUAGUUGCACCGCCCAUGAAUUCUCUGCCGCCGCUGGUUUCAGGAUGCACAUUCGGAGUUUUGGCCAUAAUAGGCGGAUUUCUGUGUAUAUUUCUACCUGAGACGAAGAACAUAGAACUGCCUUCAACCUUAGAAGAAACGAGGAAUUUAGGGCAAUAAUCAGGAAA